GAAUGGUACGGUCACGUUAGUUACGCGUCCAGCAAUGCGUUUUACGUACUACAUUUAAAGCAUAUAUUACGUAAUUUAACGAUACGUAUAAAUAAAUUUCCGUCACUUACGUAGAGUGAAAACAUUGUUGUAUAACAUUUAAAACUUGAAACAAUGUUUUUGGAUAAUACGUAUUAAGAACGCGCAUGCGCUUUACGAAACGUGGUAUCACACAUGCAACAUUAAAUCGGACUGAAACUUCAGUGUUAUAAAGUCUCUUUUCCCCCACGCGGAAAAAUAUAAAGCGGCAUCGGAAACUGUACUCAAUUGAUAGUUGAAUAAAGACGCAUUUACCUUUAUGUUAGAAUGUCAGAAAAGAUAAAGAAUGUUUUCUCCAGAUUGUCAGAUAGCAAGGCGAUUGUGAGAUUCGUAAGGGAAAUCGAGAGACAUCCAUGUUUGUACGAUCAAAAAUCGCUCGAUUACUCGAAUCGAGACUUGAAGAGGAAAACGUGGAUAGAAAUUGCUAAAAAAACUAAUAGUUCCGUUGCGGACUGCAAGGUGAAGUGGACAAAAAUACGGAUAGCUUAUAUCAGAACAUUGAGGCCAAGUUAUCAUAAAGAUUCUCGGAUAGUCAAAAAACCAUACUAUUUAGCCAGGUAUCUGAAAUUUAUCACACCCGGCAAGAGAUUUUGCUCAGAAAGUUGCCACAAUCCUCAAUCUACAUCAGAAAAUACAGAUCCAAUUGAAGAACCAAAUGAAAAAGAAACGAAAGAUGAUGAGCAACGAAACCAUUCAGACGACAAUAUCAGUAGUCUAGAUGAAACCUCUCAACAUGAAGUGUUUCUAGAUGAAGAUAACUGUUUUGAUAAUAGUGAUGAAAUUGAGGAUGAUUAUGAUACGGCCAUAGAUACUAAAGAAGCUAUUAAGAUAGACAUAAAUAAAGCAAAAACAGAAAAAGAACAUACAAAUAGAAACAACUGUAGCACCGGAAAAAUAGAGAAGCGAUCACCUUGUUGUGAAAAUUUAGAAUGUAAUCCAAGGAAAAUGUUUCUUUUCAGCCUUUUGCCUGAUGUCCAAAAUUUAUCGGAACCGCAAAUGAGAAGUUUUAGAAGACAAGUAAUAAAAUUAAUUGAUAACGUAUUGUGCGAAUAAUACUUUUAUUAUUUACUUAAUGAUAAAUACUUUCAUUAAUAAUUGUUUGAUAUUAUUUGUAUAAAAUCAUUGUUAACAUUGUACAAAAGUAGUCGCAACG